AUGCACGGGCGGCCUCGCAAAGCCCUGAAACCUGAAGAUUUAGCUGCCUCCGCUGCCAAAGCUGAGAAACUAAGGAUCCUCCAAUCUCAAUUCCUCUUUAAUCACCACCAAAAAAUUUAUACGAAGGAAGCUUUAGAGCUAAGCGGAAAACUUUUAGAGAUCAAUCCAGAAUGUUACACUGCUUGGAACUAUAGAAAACUCGCUGUUCAACACAGUCUCAUAGAGGCCAACUCGGAUCCUGACUCUGUCAAGUCAUUUCUCGAUCAAGAACUUCAAUUGGUCGAGAAUGCGCUGAGGCAAAAUUUCAAGUCGUACGGAGCUUGGCAUCAUCGUAAAUGGGUGCUAAAUAAAGGGCAUUCUUCUAUUGAAAAAGAGUUGAGGCUUUUGGACAAGCUUCAAAAUGUCGAUCCUCGGAAUUUUCAUGCCUGGAAUUACCGCAGGUUCGUAGCGGCAUUAUUGAAUAGAUCCGAUGAAGAUGAACUGAAUUACACACAGGAUUUCAUUGAUAAGAAUAUUAGUAAUUAUUCUGCCUGGCACAAUCGAAGUGUGCUUUUGUCUAGCUUGAUGAAGAAAAAUGUUCAAGGAUUUUCACAGAAAGAUGAGGUUUUGACCAGGGAGUAUGAAUUGGUCCGUGAAGCUGUUUUUACAGAUGAAGAUGAUCAAAGUGGUUGGUUUUACCAUCGUUGGCUACUUGAUCAAACUGUUAAAGCUGAGUCUCCUCUACUAGAUUCUUCAUGGCCUGCUCAUGGUUCUGAUAUUACUCUAUCAGGUGAUAGGUGCCUAGAUUUGGGUUCUUCUUCUCCAUUAAACAAUUACCAAUUUGAUUCUGGAUUGCUUCCUCUCAUUCUUUACUUUAAUCAGGCUGUUGAGGGUGUAAACUCAUCAACAGUCACUUUUUCGUCUGGAUUUAACAUGAAUAAGGAUGCAAUUUGGAAACCUCUAUCAUCAAAUAACUUUAAAACCGCCCAAGUUUGGGUUGCGCAAUUAAAGCUUCCCAAGGUGGAGCUUGACUCUUUACAAGCUUAUACCAUAGAGGUUACCGUUGGACAUUCUCAAGGAAUCAUUUCUUCUAGUGGUCACUAUUGCCGUCCUUCCGAGUUUGCAUUUACAGUGCGUGUACAACAUCUCAAAACAAAACAAGCUGAAGGGUCAGGUUUAGAGAAGAUAUCAUGGGGAGAUGAAAAUUUUCACAUUUAUGAGUUUGAUUCCCUGGAAUCGAAUUUAGUUAUUCCUCUCAACCACCCAAGUAUCCAGAAUGAACAUGAGUCAGCAGAUUCCUCUUGGCAAGCAAAAAUUAUAGAUGAAGAAGUAAAUAACUUCCGUGAAUUGUUGGACUGUAAAAUUGGAAAACUUACGCUUGCCAGACUGUUGACUGCUCGUGAUGCAUUGAUGUCUUUGGAUAAAUCAGUCCAUUCUGAUGAAGUUCUUAGACUGUUAAGUGAAUUAAUGAAGUUGGAUCCACCACAUUCUCGAUUCUACAAGGAUGAACACAGCUUGGUUUUAUUAAAAAAGGUGACUUCUAGCAGGGAGUCAUUGUUGAGUUAUUGCUUUCGCUAUAGGAACUUAGCUUCAUCAACCAGUGUCAAUCCCAUCUGCCUAAGACUCAAUGGAUUAUCAUUAUCACGAGUGGGGUCUUUUGAGAAAUUAUUGUGGGUCCAAAUGUUAGACCUCAGCCAGAAUGAGCUUCGAUCAAUUGAAGGUUUGGAGGCCAUGCAACUUCUCUCACACUUGAAUUUGAGUAAGAAUAAACUUGGUAGUUUUACUGCUCUGGAGCCUCUGAGGCACUUGAAGUCAAUGAAAGUGUUAGAUCUUUCAUACAACGAGAUAGGUACUCACACUAUUGAUUCAACAAGAUAUCUGUGCUCUUCUCCUUUGUCUCAUUCAGUCGGAGGGGAAUGGGAUGACAGUGAAAUUGUGACUGAUGGUGUGAGUUUGGCAAACUAUUGGGAAGCUUUUUUAAUUUUGAAAGGCUUGAAACUGACUCAAUUAGACAUAGCAGGGAAUGCAAUUGCUGAUGAGAAAUUUACAGCAUUUCUGGCAAAGGUCCUGCCUGCUCUCAAGUGGCUGGAUGAUGUACAAUUGAACUGA